AUGGCCGCCUCCACCAUGUCUGUCUGCUCUGAUGCUUGCACCCACACCUCCUGGCCGGUGGACAACUGCCCAGAGAGCUGCUGUUCCCCUAGCUGCUGUGCCCUCAGCUGCUGCCAGCCUAGCCGCUGUGUCCCCAGCUGCUGCCAGCCCAGCUGCUGCCAGUCCAGCUGCUGUGCCCCAGGUCCCUGUCUAACCCUUGUUUGCACCCCAGUGUGCUGUGGGUCCAGCCCCUGCUGCCAAUCUUCAUGCUGCCAGCCAGCCUGCUGCACCUGCUCCCCCUGCCAGCAGUCCUGCGGUGUGACUCUUUGCUGCAAGCCUGUCUGCUGCACACCUGUCUGCUGUGGAUCCUCCUCAUGCUGCCAGCAGUCUAGCUGCCAGUCCUCUUGCUGCCAGCCAUCCUGCUGUGCUCCUGUCUGCUGCAAGCCUGUCUGCUGCACACCCAUCUGCUCUGGAUCCUCCUCAUGCUGCCAGCCACCCUGCUGUGAACCUGUCUGCUGCAAGCCCUGCUCCAGCAUGUCCCUGCUCUGCUGCCCUGUGUGCAGACCUGUCUGCUGUGUGCCCACCUCCUCCUGCUGUGCCUCCUCCUGCCAGCCCAGCUGCUGCCGCCCAGCCUCCUCCUGUGUGUCCCUGUUGUGCCGCCCUACCUGCUCCCGCCAGGCCUGCUGUGGCCUCUCCUCAGGCCAGAAGUCCAGCUGCUGA